GACUGGGCUAAAUGAGGCGAGAAGCCCCGCCUCUCACUGUACGCUCGCUGCCGCAGCUGUCGCCGUCGCCUCUGCUCUAAGAAAAUCAUGUUACCCAACACGGGGAGGCUAGCAGGAUGUACAGUUUUUAUCACAGGUGCAAGCCGUGGCAUCGGCAAAGCUAUCGCAUUGAAAGCAGCAAAGGAUGGAGCAAACAUUGUCAUUGCUGCGAAGACCACGCAUGUAAACCCCAAACUUCCAGGCACAAUCUUUACUGCUGCUGAAGAGAUUGAAGCAGCUGGAGGAAAGGCCUUGCCGUGCACUGUUGAUGUGAGAGAUGAACAGCAGAUCAGUAAUGCAGUGGAGAAAGCAGUGGAGCGAUUUGGAGGAAUUGAUAUUUUGGUGAAUAAUGCCAGUGCCAUUAGCUUGACCAACACAUUGGAAACACCUACAAAGAGAAUGGAUUUGAUGAUGAAUGUCAACACCAGAGGCACCUUUCUGACAUCUAAAGCAUGUAUUCCUUAUCUGAAAAAGAGUAAAAUUGCUCAUAUCCUCAAUCUCAGCCCACCACUGAACCUAAAUCCAUUGUGGUUCAAACAGCACUGUGCUUAUACCAUUGCUAAGUAUGGUAUGUCUAUGUGUGUGCUUGGAAUGGCAGAAGAAUUUAAGGGUGAAAUUGCAGUCAAUGCAUUAUGGCCUAAAACAGCCAUCCACACUGCUGCUAUGGAUAUGCUGGGAGGAUCUGGUAUUGAAAGCCAGUGUAGAAAAGUUGAUAUCAUUGCAGAUGCUGCCUAUUCCAUUUUUAAAAAGCCAAAAAGUUUUACUGGAAACUUUAUUAUUGAUGAAAAUAUCUUAAGAGAAGAAGGAAUAAAAGAUUUUGACAUCUAUGCAAUUAAGCCAGGCCAUCCUUUGUUACCAGAUUUCUUCUUAGAUGAAUACCCAGAUACAAUUACCAAGAAAAUGGAAUCACAUGAUGCUGUUCCGGAAUUGAAAGAAGAGAAGUCACAGCCACCACCAAAACCAUGUUCUGGAGCCGUGGCAGAAACAUUUAGAAUUGUUAAGGACUCUCUCAAUGAUGACGUUGUUAAAGCCACUCAAGCAAUUUAUCAGUUUGAGCUCUCAGGUGAAGAUGGUGGAACGUGGUUUCUUGAUCUUAAAAGCAAAGGUGGGAAUGUUGGAUAUGGAGAGCCCUCUGAUCAGGCAGAUGUGGUGAUGAGUAUGUCUACUGAUGAUUUUGUAAAAAUGUUUUCAGGGAAACUAAAACCAACAAUGGCAUUCAUGUCAGGAAAAUUGAAGAUUAAAGGAAACAUGACCCUAGCAAUCAGAUUGGAGAAGCUAAUGAAUCAGAUGAAUGCCAAGUUAUGAAGGAAAAGAAAAAAAAAUGUCAAUCACUAAGCUCAAAAAGUAAAAGGGAUCAACAGUUAAAAUCUGUUUGUUUUCUUCCCUUUCGUAUUAUAAGGAUAUGCAAAUUUGUUUUGGAAAAAACAGAAUUUCUGUAUCUGUAAGACUUGAAAUUGUAAUUUAAACGGCUAGCUAAUUAAACAUAAGCUUCAUUAAGUGGAAUUCUAAGACAGUCUGCCUAUGGAAUUUUCUGAGUGUUGCCCUCUGAGAGCUAGAUUUCAUUCAUUGUGGGAAAGGUAUGAUCAGGUUCAAGCAGUAAAGUUAGCUCUUUUCAGUACUUCCCAUAUAAAAGGAGAUUAAUCUGUUUUAAAUUUUUCAGUUUGGGAUUGUAUGCUAAUGAAAUAUUAAUGAUAUUUUAGAUUUUCAUAUACUUGUUUUAAGGAAGAUCUUCUAUAAUGCAUUUUUGCAGAAAUCACAUAAACUAAUAAAUAGUGAAGACUAAUGAAACAAAAACAGUUUUUCAUUCUAACUAGCUUUCCAGGUAUAAGUUACCUAUUAUUAAUGUAAUUUCGCUAAUGUAAUUCAAUAUGUAUCCUCUUUUAAAUGUGUAAAAAUAUCUUAAAAUAAAAUAAUUUCUCCCCA